AUGGAGUUGGAUGCGACAUUGCAAGGAAUUGUUUCAGCCAUCGGCGGUUUUGAUUACUCAAAACCGGACUCGCCUUAUGUUGUAGGAGACGAUGCUUUAGGUUGCUUGAAGGAUUUGAAACGAUACCUUCAAAUUAUCGAUGAAAAGUACAAAGUCUGGCAAGUUCGAUUUUUGUUAUCGAAACUUCGUGUAGUAGUUAAUGAUUUAUGCCCUAUUCUUGCUUUCUGGGAUAGAAAUAUUGAGGACCAUAAACAGUGGAGGAUAGCUUUGGCAGCUUUGGAAUUACUUGUUCCAUUAACCUGGCCUUUGGAAACUGAACAGGAAACUUACAGAGAGAAUGUUGAUGUACUGAAAAAUUUACAACAGGCCCAAAAUGAGUACAAGUCAUGCAUAUUGAAUUACAGGGAUGGAUCUGUUUUGAAAUCAAUUUUAGCUGUGAUAUUGAAACCGCUGAGCACAAGCAAAGAUUCACGAAGCGUGCGUGAUAAUGGAGUCAUUAGAAUUACUCUUCUUCUCUUAAGAAAUCUUACUCACAUUAACGAAGAACAAACGAAAAACGAGACUAUUGUAGCUUUUCAGAAAUCCAAUAUGCUGGAUCUCUUAGUUACAUUGACAUCAAAUCUAUCUGAAUUUGAGCACCUUGACGUUUACAUCCUUGAAAUAAUUUAUUACCUUGUUCGCGGAAUUGGACCUUCUCGACUUUAUAGAAUCACAGAUGAUAAUCCCACGAAGCAUAAUCAACAUGAAUUGAAUGAGUUGCUCCAGAAGGAAUCGAACCAAUCUCGAUAUUUGAAACGCAAUGCUAAUACUCGUCAUAACCGCUUUGGCACAAUGAUUUCAAUUCAAGCAGAAGAUCGGCGUUUCACCAUUGCAAGUCAGAAUGUUAAAACCGGCGGUCUUGAGGAAGUCGAUAAUCUAAAGAAACAUAGAAAACGAAGCACUAGAAGGAAACAUUUCGAUGAUAUCAACAAGUCCGUAGUACUUAGUUCGAACGCAAGUGAAAAUAUCAAAUGCUUUUUGAAAGAAUUCCUUGAAGCUGGCUUUAAUCCCCUUGUCCAGAAUAUAUUACGGGCUCUGGAAAGAGAAGAUUCGAAAGUAUUCUCGCAUCAUAAAACACAAUUUAUGUUUUUGCAAGCAUUCUUUUUGGAAUCGUUCAAAUAUAUUACUAAGGAUAAUCAGAGUGAGGAUUUAUAUUCUUAUGACUAUGACUAUGGCUUAAUAUCUUCUGUCUUAGAUUCUCGCAACUUGAUUAUGCAUCAACGAAUAUUGGUAGAAUCUCAAGAAAUGAAAUUAUGGUCUCAAUUUCAAGCCUCAAUGCUUUUAAUGAGUAGGAUCCUUUUAACUGUUCGUUUUAUGUCGUUGUGCUCAAUACCUACUUACCAAGAUCUUGCCGACCAUAUUUUGUCUAAUUUGUUCUAUCAAGAAGAAGUCUUAAAUAUAAUUUAUCAUGCUUUGAAAAGUUAUAAAACACAAUCGUUUGGUUACCUUGAAGCAAUUACUGAGUUGACGAUGAUUUUGUUGAAGGAGUUGGAAAGGUACUCUAGUGCAAAGCAAUUCGUAUAUGUGAAGAGUCGUCGAAGAAAACAGAAAUCAGCAAAAUUGGACUUGCCAGAAUCUGACGAAGAUGAGGAGGGCGCAUCAAAAAUAGCGAAUGAUACUGUUCAAGACAGGCUGUUUGAUAUUAAUCGUUUCCAGUCAAGGUAUUGUGAUAAUAAUUGCAUAAAUACCUUUACGUUAUACUUGAAAUGCUAUCAAGAACUUACUCCUGAGCAAAUUCAUAGAGCUGUGUCUUUUUUUUAUUUAAUUUUUGUGAAAUUGAAGUGUCAAGUCUACUUAUAUCGCCUUGAUUUCCUCUAUUUGCUGGAACACAUGUAUGAAGACAAAGUUUACUUCCCUUCUUCUCAUCCUCAAAGAAAGGAGUUUGAUCAGUUUUUUAUCUAUUACAUGCGAAAACUUUCAGAGGCACUAACUAGGACUCCGGCUAUUUAUCUCGAAAUGCCUUUCCCUAAAAUGACUGAUACCUUUUUUUAUUUACAAUAUGGAAAAAUUCCAUUACAAACAAGUCAUGUUGGUAGGAAAGGGCCCUUAUAUGAUACCGUUCAAGGAUUGUCUCAUGUCGAAAGGGUUGCAGCGGCUAUCGCUUGCUUGAUUAAUGAGAAUAAAGGGGAUAUUCUAGACGAGUUGAAAACACAAUUAAACUGCAUAAUAGCAGAAAAACAAUUAUAUGAGAAUAGGAAUGCCGAUGAUGCUGUACCUGAAAACGAAGAUCAACCGGGUAUAAUCAAACUUAAAGGGGAUACUCAAGUUUUCGACGAUGCUCUGUUAAAGGAUGGAAAAUUUCGUUUGCUCUUAAACUUAUUUGGUUUUCAAGAAUUUGAAGAAGAAGUAUCUAUAGAUGCUUUAUGGUUUAUGCCAUAUGAGUUAUCUUACAAUGAGCUUAUGGAGUCUUCAAGGUUACUUCGUCAAUUUACAGAUGACCCUCCUACAUUUGAAGGAGUUGACCCUGAGAGUUUGCUAGUGAGAAAACAAAGAGGCAAAGUUAGGCUACCUUCUAGUAGUGAAUCUGAAGCAGAAUCUGAACAAAGGCCAUUAGAGUCAGAGGUCGAGAGUUUGAGCGACCAUAUUGAAGAAAAAGACGAUCCUUUGACAUUUGGUACUCGUAAGGAGGCAUUUGAAAAGAUAGCAAAGAAAAGGAAGAUGAGUAAACAAAAAAAUACAAAGAACAGGAAGCUUAAUCCAUCCAAAGAACCCCGAUUGCGCUCAGCGAAAUUUAUAGUUGAUUCUGAUGAAGAUUCUGAUGUUGAAGCUGCCUUUUUUAAGGCCGAAGCGGCCUUGCGUGACAGAAAUUCAAGAAAUGCAUUCCAAGGUUUAGCAUCGGACGAAACUAAAAAAGAGGUGUUACAAGAACUACAAUUACAAAGCUCGGAAGAAUCUGAAUAG